GCCGGCGUUUCCGGGUUGGCUGCGUCUGCUCCACCGAAGCCCGGGCCCGGGGUGGCGCACGAUCCCCAGCGGCUGCCUCGGCGAGCUGAGCGACGAGGCGGGCCCGGGGUGGGUGCUCGCGCCAGGCGGCUGGUUAGGCGGCCGUGACCCGGUCUCCGCCGGGCGCUCGCUAGAGGUAGGUCCGCCCCGGACCCGCUGUCUUUGGCGCGGGAGCCGCGGCCAUGUCGACCCCUCCCCAGCCUUCUGCCCCUCUGCUGGGCCGAGGGUCCCGGGCGCUGUUCUUCCCGCGCCACAGCUUCCUCCUCGGCAGGCCCCAGGCUCCGGGGAAUUGUCCGCCCGCGACUCCGCAUUGCCUCAAGCCAGCCUGGCCAUUCCUCGCCGCAAGUCCAAAGCGAGGCCCGCUGCUGCCUGCGUUAUUGCACCACUGUUAUCCCCAAAUUCACUUUGUUUAAGUCUGCUUGGCUUAUAAAGAAAAUGGCAGAAACUUGCCCAGAGCCUUCUGGGCAACUUGUUGUACACUCGGGCACUCACAGCGACACCAUCCUGGCCUGUUUUGAGGAUCAGAGGAAGAAAGGCUUUCUCUGUGACAUCACUUUAAUCGUGGAGAAUGUGCAUUUCCGGGCCCACAAAGCCUUACUUGCUGCCAGUAGCGAAUACUUCUCAAUGAUGUUUGCUGAAGAGGGGGAGAUCGGCCAGUCCAUUUAUAUGCUGGAAGGCAUGGUUGCGGACACAUUUAGUAUCCUGCUGGAAUUCAUCUACACGGGUUAUCUCCACGCCAGUGAGAAAAGUACAGAACAAAUCCUGGCUACUGCUCAGUUUUUAAAAGUCUAUGACCUGGUAAAGGCUUACACAGACUUUCAAAAUCAUAACUCCCCAAAGCCAACAAUUUUGAACACUGCUGGUGCUCCGGUGGUGGUUAUUUCUAAUAAGAAAAAUGAUCCUCCAAAGCGGAAACGGGGAAGACCAAGAAAAGUCAACAGUUUGCAGGAGGGGAAAUCAGAACCGGUUGCAGAAGAAGAAAUACAGCUAAGGGUGAACAGUUCAGUUCAAAAUAGACAAAACUUUAUGGCUAAAGCAGGAGACAGUGGUUUACUGAAUGAAAUGAGUCCAGCAAAAGAAAUGGAAGCAUGUGAGCCUGCUGGUGAUGCAGGUAGAAUGGAGGAUAUACCAGCUGAAAAAGAUGAGAACUCUGAUCCCAAGACCCAGGAUGGGCAGAACACCCAGAGUCGGUAUAGCAAGCGGAGGAUUCGGAGAUCUGUCAGACUUAAAGAUUACAAACUUGUUGGGGAUGAAGAUGAUCAGGGUUCAGCCAAGAGGACCUGUGGGAGGAGAAGGCGCCCCAGCCCUGAGGCCCACUGUAAAGACUGUGGCAAAGUCUUUAAGUACAAUCACUUUUUAGCAAUCCACCAGAGAAGCCACACGGGGGAGCGACCUUUCAAGUGUAAUGAAUGUGGAAAAGGCUUUGCCCAGAAGCACUCCCUGCAGGUUCACACCAGAAUGCACACAGGCGAGCGGCCGUACACCUGCACCGUGUGCAGCAAGGCUCUGACCACCAAGCACUCCCUGCUGGAGCACAUGAGCCUCCACUCAGGACAGAAAUCUUUUACCUGUGAUCAGUGUGGAAAAUAUUUCAGCCAGAAAAGACAACUAAAGAGCCAUUACCGAGUUCAUACAGGCCUCUCGUUACCGGAAUGCAACCAUUGCCAUCGCAAAUUCAUGGAUGUGUCUCAGCUAAAGAAACAUCUACGAACACACACAGGUGAGAAGCCAUUUACUUGUGAAAUCUGUGGCAAAUCUUUCACAGCAAAGAGUUCUCUUCAGACCCACAUAAGAAUCCAUCGAGGAGAAAAGCCAUACUCCUGUGGCAUAUGUGGCAAAUCCUUCUCUGACUCCAGUGCCAAGAGGAGGCACUGCAUUCUCCACACAGGCAAAAAGCCUUUCUCCUGUCCUGAGUGUAAUUUACAGUUUGCUCGCUUAGACAACUUGAAAGCUCACUUGAAAAUCCAUAGCAAAGAGAAACCUGUGUCAGAUGCUGGCAGUGUUUCUGGCAAUAGUAGUACUGAAGAAGUCAGGAAUAUUCUUCAGCUGCAGCCAUAUCAACUCUCUACCUCUGGAGAGCAGGAAAUUCAGCUCCUUGUAACCGACUCGGUACAUAACAUCAAUUUCAUGCCUGGUCCCAGCCAAGGAAUCAGCAUCGUCGCUGCUGAGAGUUCCCAGAACAUGGGUGCAGAUCAGGGUGCUAAUCUCACCCUGCUCACACAGCAGCCAGAGCAACUGCAGAAUCUAAUUCUUUCGGCUCAGCAGGAGCAAACAGAACACAUUCAGAGCCUCAAUAUGAUCGAAAGCCAGAUGGAAGCCUCACAGACGGAACCGGUGCAUGUGAUCACACUCUCCAAGGAAACCCUCGAACAUCUUCACACCCAUCAAGAGCAAACAGGGGAGCUCCACUUAGCGAGUGCUUCUGAUCCGGCUCAGCACCUGCAGCUGACACAGGAGCCUGGCACACCCCCACCGGCCCAUCCUGCGCCCCAGCCCACACCACUCAGCCAGGAGCAGAGCUGACCUGUGCCCUUGCUUGACUGCACUGCAGGGCUCUUCUCCAUAAGCCAGCCACAUCAGGAUCGUAGAUGCUUGAAGGCAGGCUUUCUGCAACACCGGAUUAACAGAGCCUUACAAAGAUGUGAUAGCUGGCUGAUGUUUAUAAUGUUGUCCAUCCAGGCAGCAAGAUAUGUGUAUCGUGUCUUAUAUGUAAUACUGGUUUGGAUUUAACAUUUCAAUAAUUGAUAAAUUUCAUCUACUCCCUCUCUUAAAGAUUGAGUUAAUUUUUCUUUGGGUCAUUGAUUUAGCCUUUCCUAUUGCUAUUAAGUGUUCACGGUCAUAAGUUUAAGAUCUUCCUGACUUUUCCAAUAUUCUGGUUUUUUAUUUUUUAGAACAAAGGAGGUCAUAGUGAUAAAUUGGGUAAAGUGGUUGGUUCCACUUCCUUAUUUCCCUUAGGAAACAAGUCAGGGCUGGGUAUAACAGAUCAAAGCAUUUGGGAAAUGUGUUCUUGUAAUAACUUCCAAUCUCUUAAGAAAGUUUCUCUCUCUCAACAAUCACAGUGGGCUCAUUGUGUCAUGUUGAAGGUAGAUUCAAAGACAUAUAAACUAAAUGUCUAUUUUACUCAGAAUUCAUGUAGCAAGAAAGCCAAAAGUAUAGAAUUUUUUAAAAAUUCUAAACUCAACUUUUCUGAGAAACAUAGAUUUACAUAUUUUUUCAAAAGCAUAUUAUUAAAAAUUUAGUUCAGAACUCUAAAAAGUCUAAUGAGAUUGGAUCAAGACCUUCACCCCAAAUGAAUUCUUCAUUUGUUAUCGCAAUAUUUGAUCUUCAUGAUGAAGUUACAGCUUUGUUAGUUAUCCUAGAAAAUUUAAAAUUUUAAUUCAGUAUAACUUAAAUGUUAAAUAUACUCGACUGAAUUCCAAUUAUCUCUGAAGAUAUUGAUCUAUGUAUUUUGUCUGAUAAUUUUCUGGAAGUGGGGAAUUACUAUAGUGAAUUUUUAUUGUGAACUAAGUUAAGUCCCACAAAGUGGACACAUUUUUUUAAAAGUAAAUACCUUCUAAUCUUAUAAAUAAUUUUGAGUCUCAGAGACUUAGUAGCCAGCAUGUGUUUUUAAUCGUUGGAUGAUUCUAAAUUAUUAUCAAAAGAUUAAUUUAGAUUUGGGGUAGGUUUUAGAGUUCCGUGUAUUGUGUUGAACACUUUGUGACUGCUUACUCUCAAGUAAGAGGGUUUUUGAGAAAGGCCCUCAGAAGAAGUCAGAUAAUAGGACAUCUAAACUAGCAUGAAGGUGGUGGAGAGUAAGGGGAACUUAACUCUGCAGUUAACAGCAACUUGUUGCCUCAUUUUAGACAUUGGUGAUUUCCAUGUUCAUCAAAUAGGUGUCCUGGGAGAUUAACGAAAUAGCGAAUUCCUCUCAGGUUUGAGAGAAGAUGGGAACUUUUUUGUUGCAUAUUUGCCAAGCUAUAUUUUAUUGUUAAUGUAAUUCUUGAAAUUUUCAAAAUGAUAUAUUUUUAUAUGUAUCAACCAAAGUAAUGUAAAUCAGGUCUGACUAGAGCAGAGGUAUAAUUUUUACAAAUGUGGUUGUACUGUAAGUAUUAUUUCAGAUUCUCCAUUCAGUCAUUUAAAUUACUUAAAGCUUAUUUUUAAAACAGAUUUUUCACCAGCUUUUGAAAACCUACUGGUACACAUUUCUCCAGGAGGUACAUAGUAUAUUAAAGCAAAUGGAGGUACAUAGUAUUAAAGUAAAUGAACACUUAACUACUUUCUCUGCAUAGCUAGAUAAUUAUUCAGGAAAUAUGGUUACAUGGCUAUUUAUAAAACAAGUUUAAGAAGUUUUAUGACAGUCUACCUCAGUGCUGUCUGAUAGAAAUACAAUGUGAGCCAUGUGUAAUUUUAAAUUUUCUAGUAGCCACAUUAAAAAAGUGAAAAAAAAAAAAGGUGAGAUCAAUUUUUAUAUAUUUUAUUUAACCCCACAUUUACAAAAUAUUUUCAUUGCAGCAUGUAAUUAAUGUCUUAAUUGAUUUUUAUGAGAUAUUUUACAUUCUUUUUUUGUACCAAGUCUUCAAAAUCUGGUGUAUAUUUUACACUAAUGCAAUCUCAAUUUGGAUGCUGAUUGUUCAUUGGGCAUAUUUAGAUUUCAUAAAGUUUACAGAUUACAACCUGGUAGCAAGUGUGGAGAAACAGAGUAUGCUUCUAAAGAAAUGGCAGAGUAUUAUGCUUUCUAGCUGCCAAAAUGCACCUGAUGUAACUUUUGAAGAUCCCUUUGGUUUUCUUUCAGCAGAGGGCUAGCCUUGGGCAGAUUUGAGCUCUUACCAUCAAAUGAAUUUAUUUGUGUGCUUGCCCCUGUUUCCUGAAUCUUCUUUUCACCUCUACCCUGUGUAUUUUCUGCAGUUGGUUCUUGCAUUUUACAUGCCAUGAGCAACGAGUUAGAUGAUGCUGAGGAAUAAAAUGAGAUUCUCAUUA